GCCUAAUAAGUUUUGGUGUGUGCUUUGGGCUCUUAAGUAAUGCUAAAGGUCUACAAUUGCCAAGGCCUUUCACGUUUAUGAUUGCCUAAGGAUUUUUUGAGAAUGUGAAUGACCUUUGGCAGCUCACAGAAUUUAAUCCACACACACCCUCCAAAACAGGACUUUUUUUUCAUGGUGUGCCUAUUUAUUCAAUUAAUGAAAUAAUCUCGAACUUUUUUGUGUUGUAAGACUGCCUGUAGAACAGGGUGACUAAAGUGCUCUAAUUAGGUGGCUGACAGCUGCAUAAUAAUUAGCAAUGCACAGACUGUUGUCUCUGGUUUUCUUCAAAACCCAAGGUAGUAUUUCUAUUUAGGAGGUAACCUGAAAUCUUUGUCCCGAAGAUGUUUGCAGGGCAGCCAUUGUUAAAUAAUAUACGUGAGGUUUUACUGCAAAUUGUGUGUUUAUUUAGUCUCAGGCUGAAUAUGAAUCCACGAAUGCUGAGAUGCUGUAGGUAACCUGCUACCAAUAAUGUCUGUGGUCGGUUCUGCUGUGAUACACUUUCUGGGUUUCUGUGGUGUUGGUAAAUAUAAAGUACCUGAAAGGCCUGUUAAGUGAGCUGUGGAUAAGGGUCACAGUGGUCUGUUAUCAUAAUGGAAUUUUAUUCAAAGAAACUUGAAAAUAAACCCACCUCCUUAGAGCAAUGUCACCAACAAAGGACUGCAUUGUAGAGCUUGUUUCUGGAUGUAUUUGUGGGUGUUUGUGCAACGCUGCUUGCCACAGAGAAUCUCUAGAAUAUUCCCAAACUGUUCUCCAAGAUCCACAUGAAUUUACUGGCAAGUAAAUGAUGCCAGCAAGAAAUCUUUAACUUACCUUAUUCAUCCAAAGGCUGACUUAAGUCGAUUUUGUGAUGUGCCUUUGGUGCUAGCUGCUGUUGAGCCAAAGAUUUUGAGUCUGGGACUCUGGGAGGGUGCUGCCUGCUAUGCCAGCUCACGUAUGUGUAUCAGCUUUAGAUGGUUUAGCUCUACCGCAAAGGGACAAAUUUUCUUUCGAGGCUUUUGUAAUCACUGACUGCUGUCCCUGAUUCUUGCCACUGUCAGGCUAGAAGUAGGGCAAAUGCUUGCAAAUACUAGUUGUUUUCUUCAACUCUUUGCAGAAAUGGCUCAAGAAGAGAUGGAAGUUGAUCUCCAGCCAGUGGCUGGUUACUCUGUAGAGAACCUUAGGACGCUUCCCACAGAGCCUUCUGGUCACACAGCGCUGUUGUCCCGUGCUCCAGUGCUCGAUGAAGGAGGAGGCAGUGUUACAGUUCUUCCUGCUGAUGAUGCUGUUGUCAUACCAAACGCUGGUACAACGAGGGAAGCAGUUGCUGAGCCUGACCCGCAGUUGGGUCCUGCUGCAGCUCUCAACGGACUGCAAAGGCUACAAGGGGCACUUGAUCCAUAUCGGCCAUUUCACAUGCCACAGGUCACGCAGCGUCCGCGAGUGAGGAGAGCUCACAGGCAACAGAGAAUUGGUGGUUCCCAGAGGACAAUCAGUGCCAGGUCAGCAUUGGACAGUUACUUUCAACUCAGCAGGACCCAACAGCCAGCUACAAGACCAGUUCCACGUCUGGAGUCCUCGCAUAUUGCAAGGGACAACCAGGAACACAGCUCAGAUGUAACAAUAGAACUGAGUGACUCUGACAGCAGCACUUCUGCUGAGGAGGAGGACACAGUGGAGGCUGCAGCACCCCUGUUACCAUCAGCCCAGGAGACACUUCCAGCAGCUAGCUCAGUUUCCACUCAGGUCCAAGCAGAGCUGUCUCAAGCUUCAUCUCAAGCUUCUACAGAACAUGGAGGUCAUGAAGAUGAAGAGGCUGAAGUCCAGCAAAAGCAGAGAACUCCACUAAAGAAACUGGAACCAUCAGUUCCUGUUGCACCACUGGAUGAGGAGGAAGGGGAUACUUGUGCAAUCUGCUUUGAGCAGUGGACCAAUGCUGGGGACCACCGUCUCUCAGCAUUGCGGUGUGGACACCUAUUUGGUUACACAUGCAUUGAAAGGUGGCUCAAGGGACAAGCAGGGAAGUGCCCCCAGUGCAAUAAGAAGGCAAAACGUUCUGACAUUGUGAUCCUGUAUGCUCGCACUUUGAAAGCUCUGGACACCAGCGAACAGGAACGCAUGAAAAGCUCUUUAGCAAAGGAGCAAAAGUUGCGGAGGCAGGCAGAGCUGGAAUCUGCACAGAGCCGUCUCCAGUUGCAGGUUUUGACAGACGAAUGCAGCAAACUCCGCAAGCAAGUUCAGGAACUGAAGGCUCUGGUGGCCCAGCACAAUAUGAGUGCUUCUCAGCAACCUGGCAGCUCCCGUACCUGCAUCCCAGGCAGCCUCCCCUCCAGCCAAAGCCAGCGCAAGUACCACUUGGAGAAGGUUUUUGUGGUGUCUCAGACUGGGAACUGCAGAGUAAUGGCAUACUGUGACUCACUCAGUUGUCUUGUGGUAUCACAGCCUUCUCCACAGUCCACUUUUAUUCCUGGUUGUGGUGUUAAGAUGAUGAGCGUGGCCAACCUGAAGAGCAGUCAGUACAUCCCCAUCCAUAGUAAACAGAUUCGGGGACUGGCUUUCGGCAGUCGAGCAGAUGGCUUGCUGCUCUCUGCUGCUGUGGACAACACUCUCAAACUUACCAGCUUGGCAACAAAUACCGUGGUGCAGACAUACAAUGCUGGCCGUCCUGUCUGGAGCUGCUGCUGGUGUCUCGAUGAUACAAACUACAUCUACGCUGGAUUGGUCAAUGGCUCUAUCAUGAUAUAUGAUUUGAGAGACACGAACUCUCACGUCCAGGAACUAGUCCCUCAGAAGUCCAGGUGCCCCAUGGUAUCGCUGUCCUAUCUGCCCCGGAUGGCCUCAGCGUCACUGCCUUAUGGUGGAAUAUUAGCUGGGACCUUGGAAGGAGCCUGCUUUUGGGAACAGAAAACUGGCAACUCCUACCGGCCUCAUCACCUGCCACUGGAACCUGGAGGAUGCAUCGAUAUUCAAACAGAGAUCAGCACACGGCACUGCCUCGCGACGUACAGGCCUAGUAAAAAUAACCCAUGUGUGCGUUGUGUGAUGAUGGAACUGACUUGCAGCCCACUGACAGAGGCCUCUGAAGAUGUGGUGUAUUCUUCUAACCCAGUUCAGACUUUCAGUGCUGGGCCCACCUGCAAGUUGCUGACCAAGAAUGCCAUUUUUCAAAGCCCGGAGGAGGAUGGCAGCAUCUUUGUGUGUGCUGGUGAUGAGGCAUCUAAUUCUGCCCUGCUAUGGGAUGCUGGCAGUGGCUCCUUGCUGCAGAAGCUGCAGGCUGACCUGCCUGUGCUGGAUAUCUGCCCCUUGGAAAUGAACCAAACCCACCUCCUGGCUACUCUGACUGAGAAGACGGUGAAGAUCUACAAGUGGCAGUGAGAGUGGUCCCCAUGCCUGCCACAGAGAGGCUUUCCAGAUAUGCUGCUGAUAAACCCUACUCAACUGCUCGCUCCCAGACUGCUGCCCUCCACAUGCUGCUUACAGGAGACAGGAACCACUACAGCACCUUUCUGGCAGUAGGCAGGAUGUGCUGGUGCCUAGAGCAAUUCCCUUCUUCCUCCAUCUUCCUUUUUAGGUCUGCCGUUACUUCUCUGGUUAAUUUUCUUCGGUCAAACUCCGCAAGCUGCCUCAGCACAGCAAUAAUUCUUGGACUGUCUCCAGCAUGUGUUGCUGUACUUUUUUCCAGUGUGAAUACAGCACGGGGAGUUGCAAAUCAAUUCUACGAAUCAACAAAAUAAGAGGAACUUGAAGACCUGAGACUCCCACUGCACUUUCUCAUGGAGUCCUGCAGUGAUUACUGGGUGAUGAAAAGGUGGCAAUAUUGGCACCUCGCUAGCAUGGCUGACACUCAGUGUAAAAGCAAGGUCACUGCUUUAGGGGGCAUACUCCCAUGUUCUUUUGAAGGACUAGGGUCAGUUGGCAGAGGACAGACCCUGUUUUGUUGGCCAUGGAGAGAACAGGCUUGGAAAAUCUAGAGAGAUCCUUUUUUUCUUUUGUGUUUUUUUUUCCAGGAGCAUAUAAUUUACAGUGUAACUCCUUAAUUAUCUGCCCCCAUUUCCCUCCCUUUUUCUUCCCUGCUUCACCCGCAAGCAAACUUGGACAGUUUGGUUGUGGAAAAUGAAACUAGAGAAGUACAGGUAAAGAGGAUAUGAUUCUUCUACUGUUGGCUGCUGAUGUGCAUGUUGUCCUUCCUUAAAGACAGCAAUGUACUGAAACGGACAGUACCUUGGAAAAGAAUGCUGGCUGCUUUUUUUUAGUUGUUUUUUUUUUUCCCCUUUGAGGAACUGGUGGAAACUCAGGGAUUUCAUCAGCUUGCUUUCACUGACCUUUUGCCUUCCUUAAAUCAUAGUUGCCAGCUCACUGGCUGGUCACAGACAGCUUCCAGUUGUAUUUGAUUGCAGGUGUGCUGCAGACCUGCUGGUUUAUGUAAAUCUGAGCCCAUUGCAUGGGAUCACAGGUCAGGGGAUGUGUGCUGGCCAAGUACAGUGGGCUCUUAGCACCCUUACCAUAAAUACGCUGAGGAGUGUGAGAACUUUUAUCUCCAGGUCAGAUCAUGGAAGAGGACUUAGGUUUCAUUUUAUGUUUAACGAAAGCAAACUUGCAAGGAUGCUGGAAGCAGCAAGACCAGUUCCCUGUGCUGGAAAUGUAUCCCUUGGCACACCUCUGCCUCAUGUGGUAAGCAGCAUCUCUCCUGUUUGGAAUGAGUGGGCCACAACUUAAACUGCCAGAACAAUUUUAUUUUCUGAAG